CUGCCACUAACGCCGCUAACCUUGGCCUAAAGUCCAUUCCACCAUUAGGGGCAAGCCCAGGAAGGUCUUAGGCUAUGACCAUGAUUGAAGGCAAGUUGAAUCAUAACUAUGCCUGUCACUCACAAUCUCUGCCAGUGGUAAUUUCGGGAUGAUGCCGGGGUGCAACUCCAUCGAAGGGGAAACGUGCCUUAUUAAGUAGGAAAACCGUACUAAACCAUGCAAACCUCGAUUAAGUGUAUAAAGGAGGAACCCACGCUCGGUAGGGAUAUAUAUAAUCUAGAUAUAGGCCAGCCGAAAGAGAAGACUCUGGAGGUCAAUUUCAGAUUUGUGUCCUGAUCGAUCACGCGCUUAGCCGCCUAUACCACCACCCUCACCCACUGAUAUGCCCUCAAACGAGAAUUAUUAUAAUGGCGCCUCGAUGCAGACUGAAGAGUUGCUAAGGCGAGUCAAUCAGUCAGCAAACACGUUCAACGAUUCUCAUGGCGAGGCCGACCGCCUGAAAGCACUGCGCGCGGCACAGGAACUGGUGACUGCACUCCAAAAGCCGCAGGAUGCGGUGUACAACCUCGCUUAUUCACCCACCCAUGUGAUGUGUGUUAGGAUCGCCAUUGAUCUGGAUAUUUUCACCACCUUGAGCGAAAGGAACUGCCCGACGACAUUGGAGGAUUUGGCGGUUGUCAAGGGCGCUGAUCCCAUCCUGACAGAACGUGUCUUGCGCAUUUUGGCCGGCAUCGACUAUGUGGCGGAGCAUGAUGUGAGAGUGUAUACCCCAACGGCAAUGACGAGGCAAAUGACCGACCGUUUGAGUCUAGCGGUGGUGAAGUUUAUCUUCGAUGUCGGGAUGCCCACGCUCGCCAAAGUCCCGGAGUUUCUGCGAAUGACUGAGUACCAAAAUCCCUCGGGUCCUUUGAACGGUGCAAUCCACCAUGCGGAGAAGAUGGACACUAUCAUCUGGGAGUGGCUCGCCACAAAACCGGGAUACCUGGACGCCUGCAACACGUUCAUGGAAGCGGAUCGGGGCAGCCGACCCAGCUGGUUGGAGUGGUUUCCGGUUCAGGAGCAAUUGAUCGACGGUUUCCAAAAGGGUGACACUGAUGUGCUCCUUGUAGACGUAGCAGGAGGACGUGGACAUAAUAUUGCUGCCUUCCAGACCAAAUUCCCCAAUGCACCAGGUCGAUUGGUACUGGAGGAUCUCCCGCAGGUUCUAGAUAGUGCAGUGGUUCACCCUAAGAUUGAACACAUACCUUUCGAUCUGUUCAAGCAGCAGCCGAUACAAGGUGCGCGGACUUACUAUCUGAAAUUCAUCCUGCACGAUUGGUCGGAUGAGGAUUGUCGGAUCCUGAGGCAGGUCGGAGCGGCCAUGAAGAAGGGAUACUCGAAAUUGAUCAUCGAGGAGUUUGUGCUUGCGGAUAGAGACUGUGCUAUGCUGCCUGCUAUGUGGGACUGGGAGAUGUUGAUCUUUUGCAAUAGCAUGGAACGUACGGCGGGCCGGUGGAGGAGCUUGGUCGGUUCUGCAGGCUUCCGAGUAGUGAAAUUUUGGCCUCCUCCAGGGGAUGGACAGGGUAUAAUUGAAGCGGAGCUGGAGUAG